AUGGCAAAGGGAAGCAACAAAACCGGUCUCUUAAACUUCCUUGCACGUGAGUGGUCACAAAAUGCGGUUUACGUCGAGAAAAUCAAAGAACGCACUCUCUUUAUCACUCAUGGAGACAACUGCACCAAACUCUCCGCCUCUGAUGGUACAAUUACUGCAUGCACAGUCUUGGAACUUUGCAGCAAUCAAGAGGAAGCUGAUACCAGGAUGCUCCUCCACGCAAAUCAUGCUUCUCAAAAUGGACAUCAGCACAUUGCUAUAAGGUCAUCUGAUACAGAUGUAGAAGUUCUAGCUUGCUAUUACCAAACUGUCAUUGCUGCUGACAUAACACUGAUCAGCGGCACUAAAAGCAGAUCUCGCAUUUUGAGUAUCCGACAAGUAUGUGAAAAGCUUGGCCGAGAGAUAUGUGAAGUACUUCCAAGCCUACAUGCCAUAACCGGUUGUGAUAGUGUCAGUGCCUUUGCUACCAAAGGAAAGAAGAAAGCACUUGAUAUUGUACAGUUGAAUCCAGCUCUGAGGCAAAUUGUCAGUAGUCUUGGAGAGAGGCUCCCUCCUAAUGAAGAAGAUUUAAAGAAGAUGGAACGAUUUGUUUGUGCCUUGUACAACGACCCUAGAUGCAAUGGUGUAAACGAACUCAGGUACAAGUUGUUUUGUAAGAGCAAAAACCUGCAGUCACACCAGCUUCCACAAACAAAAGGAGCUCUGACAUACCGUCUCAAGCGUGCUAACUAUCAGGCCUUCCUCUGGAAGCAUGCCCUAGAGACACAAACGGACCAGGCGCCCGAUAGCCAUGGUUGGCAGAUGAAAGAAGGCCAACUGGAAAUCUACUGGACUAACCAGGCACCAGCCCCCGAUGCUGUGAUGGAGCUUGUAUGCUGCGGCCGCAAAGGAUUGUGUCAAACACGACGCUGCUCUUGUGUUGGCAAUGGUCUUCCCUGCACUGAGGCAUGUACAUGCCAAGAUAACUGUGUCAAUUGUGUUAGCAAGGAAGAUAGUGAAGAAGAUGAUGAUAGUGAUGACAAUACUGAUGUUGAUGAUAAUGAUGACGAUACCGAAGAUAAAAAUGACAGUUGA